AGUCCGGUAGACGCUCCGCUGCUGGCCCGAGGCCGCCUUCUCUUCCGAGCGGCGCCGCCGGGCUCUGCCCCCCGCGGACGGAGCCGAGCCGGGACGGCCGCUGCUGCCGCCGCCCCCUGCGGCGGGACCUGCGGCGGGAAGGAGAGCCCGGGCUGCCGGGCCGAGGGAGUUUCCACAAUGGAGAAGAGGGAAGGUGGUAAUCGUGCAAUUGAUCAGAAUGCAGGUCAGAACAUCAUGCCAAGAAGAAAUACAGGAAAUCUUAACUACUUGAAUGUGGAUAUGCAGGUUGCCAAUCCAUCAGAAGCAGCUGCACUUUUUGAUUUACAUCAAGCACACCAUUUUGGUGAGUUUGAACACUCUUCAGAACAGCACUGCGAGCAGGAUCUGUUCCCUAAGUGGCACUUGCCAAUGAAGAUAGCAUCUGUGAUCUCAUUAAUAACAUUUAUUUACACUUCCAUGAGAGAUGUCAUAUAUCCUUUUAUAACCAAAAAGGAAAACGUUUUCUAUAAAAUUCCAAUCCUUGUCAUAAACAAAGUUUUACCAGUGACUUCAAUUACCCUUUUAGCACUAGUGUAUUUACCAGGAAUAUUAGCUGCUAGUUUCCAGCUGUACUUUGGCACCAAGUAUAAAAGGUUUCCCGAGUGGCUGGAUAGAUGGAUGUUAUCAAGGAAACAAUUUGGACUUCUCAGUUUCUUCUUCGCUACAUUGCACGCCUGCUAUAGCCUGUGCUAUCCAAUGAGAAGAUCGUACAGAUACAAGCUGCUGAACUGGGCAUUCCAGCAGGUCAAACAAAAAAAAGAAAAUGCCUGGAUUGAACAUGAUGUUUGGAGAAUGGAGAUUUAUGUGUCUCUAGGAAUUCUGGGACUCGCUUUGCUGGCUCUGUUGGCAAUAACAUCAAUUCCAUCUGUCAGUCUCUCUUUGACUUGGAGAGAGUUCCACUACAUUCAGAGCAAUAUGGGAUAUUUAGCCCUGCUGCUAUGCACUGUUCAUGCACUGGUGUUUGCUUGGAAUAAGUGGGUUGAUGCUAACCAAUUCAUCUGGUAUACGCCACCUUCAUUUAUGGUUGCAGUUUUUCUUCCUAUUGUAGUUCUGCUCUGUAAAUGCGUACUGCUCCUUCCAUGUUUUAGGAAGAGGAUAAGAAAAAUCAGAAGUGGCUGGGAAGCUAAGACACAAGUCAAUCAAACCAGCAUAACUUCCAGACUGUAGAUCAAAUAUGGACAUUUCCUAUCUAUGUAUCUAAAUAUGCUCAAAGCCAUGAAAUUUUCACUCAUGAGUUCUGUUUUCACAUUCGCAACAGAUGUUUCUUUCUCACUUUUUUUUUGACUUCAGGAGUAUGAGAUACUUGAUGAGAUGCUUGAUACAACUUAAUUUUGUUGGUUUCAAAGACAGAAAACGAAAACAUCUAUUUUACACUUUAAUCUAUUCAGUGUUUUGGUAUUUGAUGAUUUCUUUCUUCUCACUGCUUUUAAAAUCCAAGUGUUUCAUUGUCUCAAUCCCAGUUCUUUUGUAUGCAAAAACCAACAUAAAUUAUUUCUUCAGAUGACCACAGAAAGUAAAAAAAUGAUUACACCACAGAGCCCAGGAAAGCUUUCUGCUUUGCAAAGUCAUGCGUGUACCUUCAUUAAAUCUCAGAAUUAUAAUGGGACAAAAACUAGAGUAUUUAUCAUCCCAUUGCCUCUUAGCACCAGCAGCCUGUGUUUCACUCUGCAGAGUGGGGACCUUGGCAUAUGAACCAGACAGAAACUGUGUAUUCCUGCCAGGUCUUGAACGUACACAACUGAGCAAACAGAAUUACAGGGAUCUUUACAAGGUAAAUAUCUCCUGAGGCUUGGGCACAGUCUAAAAAAAGAGUUUUUAGACUCAGAUUUCCAUCUUAUCCAGGACUAGGUGUGUCUCUGUUUACUUGAAACGAUAAAACACUUCCCAUUUUUUAUUCCAUGAACACAUUCUUUUGUUUCUGAUGCUGGAAAUUUUCCAUGCUUUUGAGCUGAGCCUGCAGCCCUUGACAUGUGCUAAACUUUAUUUGCACAAAUUAUUCCAGUGGGAUAAAUCCAUCAGGUAAAUGUGUUUUUUUGUUUACUCUAGGGCCAACACAAUUGUGUGACUGGAAGAAAAACAUUAAAAAUAGACAUUUGAAUCUUGCCAAUGGUUUGGUGAGAUUGUCAUGUUAAAUGGUUUCCAAAUGCAUUUUCUUUUACAGAAAUUUUCCUAAUAACUUUAAUAAGCUCAUUAAGUCCUACUUUCCUUACAUUGCAUAGGUCCAUCUGAAAAUUUUAAGUGAAUAAUUCAUUUGUUAGUACCUGUUUUGAAAUAUGUUAUUCAGUAGUAAAUAUUUCCCAACAUCAGGAACAUUUCUGCCAUUCUGCCUGCAGGAGUUGACUAGGACAUGGACUGUUGACGGCACCUAUUGCUGGAAUCCUCUGAAUGAGAACUGUAAUUGGUAAUGGCUCUGGUAUUAAAACAAAUAGGAAAACAACAUAUGCCUAAAAAAAAUGUAAUACACAGUGCUAAUGAAUCUAUUGUCUUUUUCUGGACUUUUACAAGGAGCAUAAAUAACAGACUAAUUAAAUAUCUACAGGGAUGUUAUAUUUUGUAUUUUCUGGGUUGUUACCAUUCAAUUAUUGCAACUUAAAAGCUGGCCUUUUUUAAAUUUGCACGUAAUGUAAUACUGUGAAAGUAACUGGGGACAUGGUGUCCUAUGUAAUAUAGAUUGAAAUCUGUGGCAUUAUGUAUCAAACCAGUAAUGUGUGGCAGAGGCCAAAACCUUACAAUACAGGAAGCUGCAAUGUUAAUCUAAGAAGUUUCUAACAGAGUAGGAAAAGUAUGGUGCUCAAUGCAUUUGCAUUUAUAUUUCCAUGAAUUAAAUACAUCUUUAAUAAGCUCUAUGCACUUGUUACAGAAGGUAGUCUAAGAUAGCAUAACUUUAUUCAUUUCAAGUAGUUAAUAUGGUUUGAAUUGAUAACAUAAAUUACAGGGGCAAACCAACUUCAAGAUCAUUACAUACUAUCCAAACUGAUCUUUUAUGCUCAUCAUUCAGCUGGGGACAUUAAGCACUCUUCAGACUUUUCUCUCUAGAAUUGCCCAGAGGCAAACCCAGAAGUGUCUUAAACGACAUGAAAUUUACAUACAGUCUACAAAAGCUAUUCCAAAAAUCACACAUGACAUCCAAACAUGCAAGCAUGUUUUUCCCUACUGAUAGUUUCAGGUAGAAGCCAGGUUUUCUGUGUCACAUCUAGCCAUUUCUCUAGAAACUACCAUUAAAUGCUUACAGCCAGAACUUGAGGUUUCAUGGUGAGUCUUAAUAACUCACUUCCCAGUCUGCAGGCUGCUCAGGGAAGUGGUUGACUAUCCCUGGAGAUAUUUAAAAGACAUGUAGAUGUGGUGUUUAGGGACAUGUUCUCAUGGUAGGCUUGACAGUGUUAGAUUUAUGGUUGGACUCAAUGUAAAUUAUUCUAUGAUUUGCUUUUUAGGCAUUCAGAUACAGCAGUGAGGGAGAUCUAUAUGCUAUUGACAGUAUUUAAUUUCUCAGUUUGUGGCAGACAUGGUCUAGUUCAAUACUGGUGAAUCUACAUUCAUAAAUACCUUUAUAUUUAUGUUUAUGUACCUCUUUGAAAUUCAGUGUAUUAAUAGGCCUGUAUACUCUUACAAUACAUUAAUUGAAUGUGUGUGCACAUUUUAGGCACUUAUUUGUAUAACACUAAUUAGUUUUAUAAAACUGUGCAUCAUUAAAUGCUUCAAUUUAUGCUGUAUCUGCCAUUGUGUCAUAUACAUCCAGAGUAAAAGGGCAAAAAGGCACAGUACACUCUAGAAGAGCUGCUGAUAGAAACAGUCAAGGGGAACCACUCUAUGCUAGUGAAGAGCCUGGAGCCUCCAAAGGAAAGAAAACAAAGAUUUGAAAAGCAAAAUGGACACUUUCAUGUGUAAUGAAAUUGCAUUUUUCCUGACAGUACCUUUAACUGUAUAUUCUAGCAUUCAGAGAUUUUUGAGAAGGAAGAAAAAGCUUUGGAGGGAGACCCAAGAUCCCUGGAAAUACUGAUCAAAGAUCAAGAAAAGUUAAAAAAAUAGCAAGGGCAUUGAGGAAAAGCAUGUUUGGGCAUACUUUUGUAUAAGAAUCCAUUAUUCUUUUGUGUGAGAAUCCAUCAUUCAUGACAUUUUAAAGUCAUGGCAGUGACUUUAAAAUGUGUCUAUAAGGCCUGCAAAGUACUUUUUUCUAUUGUUACAUGUCUCCAAUGUAUUUGAGAGACACAGAAUUGAAACUCUGGAGAUACAAAUUGUUAAAGGGGCCUAAGGAAUUUUAUGCCAGAUUCAUUUGGAGAGGUCAUAUCCAGAAUACUCUUCCCAAUAAGUGACAACAACAAUGUUCAGGAAGCUAGGCCAGGGCUGUGUUGGCUAUUGUGUAAUGCAAAUUCCUGUUGACAGCAGCAUUUACUGUAAGCAGUCCCUCCCUUUGGCCACUCUUCUCUGUUCUCUCAGUGUUGCAAGUUGUUAAAGAUGUGAAGUUCAUCAGAGUAGGGCAUUGCAUCCACUUGAAAAGUAAAGCAGAGUGAAGAGUGAUUCAGCCAGAUCCACUCAUGGGUCUGAUUCGCCUGACAGCCAGCAUCCUACAUGUGUCAGUAGGAAGGACUCAAAGAGGAAUGGUCUAAACAGGCAGCUUAACCAGCCCUAAAUGAAAAGUUCCAAGUGCACCUAAAAGUUCAAACUUGCAUUAUUUCCUCCUAUUUCAGUAGCAAGAAUAUUCCCUUGCUUCACUUUUCUGUCAUGUUCUUAGUUUUCCACCAAUCAGUGGGCAAAAAUGUGCUCUAGAAAUUGUCAUCAAAACCCAUAUGAAACUGACUGAUGUCUACGUGACUGUGGGCUGUGUGGUUUCAUUUGUAGAGAUGAUGAUCUCACAUCUCCCCUUGUCUCCUACAUCCAGAGUUUCUAGUACUGUCCCUUAACAGCACAAAAUGUUAUGCUAACCAUUUUUGAAAUUCAAACUAAUUUCUUUUAAAGUGAUUUUCUUUAAAUGGCAUUAAAGGUAUUUAAAUGGCAUUCAAAAAAACAAAAGAAAAAGGCCAAUUUUUGAAAACACACUGAAACCACCCCUGAAGAAUGUAAUCUGCUGUUGUUGCUGUAAGUGUCUGGCAAUGGCUGAUCAUUGCCACUAUUGUUUUUUCAGUAAUGCCAGGAUUUCUUGAUCCCAUGAGCAUAUUCUGUUGCUGAUGGCAAAAUGACUUCUUAUUAUUUCUUUUAUCAAAACAAUUCUCAUUAAUUUAGUUGCUUCAGAGUUCCAUUUUUGCAUCAUUCUUUGAAUUUUUCUGUAGAUUAAAUUUAACACUUGAGUGGAUGAAAUGAGGCAAAUUUAUUAAGUAGUCAUACGUUUUCAGAGAUUUUCAGGUGAAAAUACAUAAAACCAAUCCAUGAACCAAAAUCUGCAAACAUAGAAAAGACCAUAGCUACUUUCAAUAAAGAUGAUACAACAGA